AUGGGUCGCGUGGCCGUGAUGGCGCCGCUGCUCUUCUCGCUGCUGCUCCUAGCGUCGCGGUGCGCGGCGGCGGCGGCGCCGCGCCACGACCGCGAGUGGGGGUGGGAGGAGGGGGAGGGGGAGUGGCGGCCGGAGAAGGAGAAGGAGCAGGAGGAGGGCGAGGGCAAGGGCAAGGGGAGGGGGCUGUUCGUGCUGGACCGGCUGGAGAAGGUGGUGGAGUCGGAGGGCGGGCAGGUGCGCGUGGUGCGCGGCCAGCCGUGGCCGCCGGCCUCAUUCGCGUGCCGCGAGGGGCUCAUGCACCUCGGCUUCAUCACCAUGGAGCCCAGGACGCUGUUCGUGCCGCAGUACCUCGGCUCCAACGUCAUCCUCUUCGUGCGCCGAGGGGAAGUGAAGGUUGGGUACAUUUACAAGGACGAGCUGGUGGAGAGGAAGCUCAAGAUGGGCGACGUGCUCCACAUCGACGCCGGCUCCACCUUCUACAUGGUCAACACCGGCAAGGGCCAGAGGCUGCAGAUCAUCUGCAGCAUCGACGCCUCCGAUAGCCUCGGCUUUGGACCUCCUUAUCUGUCCUUCUUCCUUGGCGGCGCUGGGCACCAGGCAUCGGUGCUCGCCGGUUUCGAGCCGAAGACGCUUGCCAUGGCCUUCAACGCCACCUACGACGAGUUGGCAAGAGUCAUACUGGCACAAACCCGCGGCCCCAUCGUGUACUACACCGCGGAGGAGCCUGAGAGCGGCGGCAAAGAAGAGCGUGUGCAGGGUAACGGGCUCGACAAGGGAUCACGGCGCAGGGAGGCUGGCGCGUGGAGGCCGGGAGGCAGGGGAGAGGAGGACGACGAGGCCGGCGAAGAUGCGCUGCCGACGUGGUCGUGGAGGAAGCUGGUGAACAGGUUCAUCGGAGGGGCGGGCGGUGUCACCGCGGAGGCGAACAAGAAGGACAAGAAGAAGGGCAGCGCGCCGAAGCCGUACAACCUGUAUGACAGCGAGCCCGGGUUCCGGAACACCUACGGCUGGACCAUCGCCGUCGACAAGCACGACUACGAGCCCCUCAAGCACUCCGACAUCGGCGUCUACCUCGUCAACCUAACCGCUGGCUCGAUGCUGGCGCCGCACGUGAACCCUCGGGCGACGGAGUACGGCGUGGUGCUAGGCGGGGAAGGCAAGAUCCAGGUGGUGUUCCCGAACGGGUCGCUGGCGAUGAGCGCGGUGGUGCGGGCCGGCGACGUGUUCUGGAUCCCGCGCUUUUUCGCCUUCUGCCAGGUGGCGGCGCGGGGCGGGCCGUUCGAGUUCUUCGGGUUCACGACCUCGGCGCGGCGCAACCGGCCGCAGUUCCUGGUGGGCGCCACCUCGGUGCUCCGCGCGAUGCUGGGGCCGGAGGUCGCCGCCGGCUUCGGCGCCCGGGAGAAGGAGUUCAGGGAGCUGGUGCUCGCGCAGGAGGAGGCCCUGAUACUGCCGUCGUUCCCGGACACGGGGAAGAGGGAGAAGGAGAAGCACGGGAGGAAGGGGAAGGAGGAGGAGGAGCAUGGGAAGGGGAAGGGGAGGAGGGAGGCGCCGCUGGUCAUCGAGCAGGUGGCCAAGGAGUAAGCUGCUUGAGCCUUCUAUCGAGCAGACGAUCGAUCGACGAUCGAUGCUCAACUCUGUUUCCUUCGCAGACAAGAGUCCUGAAGAAGCACGUGCGCCACGAGCGUUGCUAGAGUUAGACUCUGUUGUUGACCUCUGUCAGUGCUCGUGCUCUUUCGUGGCGCCGUCAAUAAAUAAGGUGCUUUGU